AUGUCAACGAACCGUCCGUUGCAGGUAGUCAAUUCGAGUGACAGGAGCACAGAUUUAAGUGGAAUUUUUGCUGAAUACAUACUUGGAAAGCGUUUCUUCAGCUGGGAUGAAUUUGAGAAGUCAUUAGCAGAAUUUCAAAAAUUAUCCUACACUCACUAUGUUCAUAAUUGCAGCAAAACGAUACCGGAUGCCAGGUUUAAGUACGCUUAUGUUGGUUUUAAAUGCACUUUUGGAGUGAAUCGUACAAGACCUGGAUUGAAAUUGAAAAACAAGUCUAAAUGUUGCAAUUGCUCGUCUUCAUUUCGCGUGGUUUUGCAUUAUAGUGAAUACAUAAUUGCUUCCCACAAUAUGGUGCAUAACCAUCCAUGCAGCAGGGUGUACAUGCAGAAUGACCCAUGGUAUAGACGACUAACAGUUGAAGAGAAAGAAAAUAUUGAACCACUUCUUCAGCAAUCCCACUCAUCCGAUGAAAUAAUAAUGCAUGUUAAGGAGAAGUACAACAAGGAUAUAACUCGCAUUGACGUUAAAAAUAUGAAAGCCGCAGUGAAUAAAGGUAUUUCGAGUCGUCGUGACAUUUUUGAAUUCCUAAAAUCCCGUGGGAAGUUAAUGGAGUAUUAUUCCGAUGAACCGAUCAGGAAUUCACUAACAAGAAUUUGUUUUGCAACUUAUGAGCAAAUGGAAUUGUAUAAACAGUUCCCUGAAGUUGUUGGUAUCGACUCGACGUAUAAUACAAAUAAGGGGAAGUAUUCUUUGUUCCAGCUACUUGUGACGGAUAAUUUUGGUCGUGGACGACCAGUUUUAUUUGCGUGGACUAGAAAAGAAUUCAAACGAGAUGUAGUUUGGAUAUUAGACUGUUUCCGGCAAAUAAUGGAAGACACCUCCAAAACAGAAUCCUUCAUUAUGGAUUGUGCGCAAGCUGAAAUAGCAGCCGUCAAGUUAACGCACAGACAAGCGCACAUUGUUUUGUGUUCUUUCCAUGUUUGCCGAGCUUUCUGUCGGAAAAUUUAA